AUGGCGGCGUUGCGGGGCCCGGGCGGGCCGUGGGUGCUGUGCCUGUGCCUGUGCGCGGCGCUGCUGCCGCGGACGGCGCGGGGCCUCACCGACGGGCUCUACUGCGGCCGCCGCGUCUGCUACGAGGUGCUGGGCGUCAGCCGGCAGGCCAGCAAGGCGGAGAUCGCCCGCGCCUACCGGCAGCUGGCCCGGCAGUACCACCCCGACCGGUACCGCGGGGAGCCCGCGGGCGGCGGGGCCGGCGGCGCGCAGGCGGCACACGAGAAGUUCCUGCUCAUCGCCACCGCCUACGAGACCCUCAAGGAUGAAGAAACACGUAAAGAUUAUGACUACAUGCUGGAUCAUCCUGAAGAGUAUUACAGGCAUUAUUACCACUACUACAGCAGGAGAUUGGCACCUAAAGUGGAUGUCAGAAUAGUGAUCCUAGUUACCGUGUGUGCCAUCUCUGUGUUUCAGUUCUUCAGCUGGUGGAGUAGUUACAAUGAAGCUAUCAACUACUUAGCUACUGUACCAAAAUACCGUAUACAAGCCACUGAGAUUGCUAGACAACAAGGUUUACUCAACAAGACUAAAGAAAAAGGAAAGAACAGGCGAUCUAAAGAAGAAAUUCGUGAAGAAGAGGAAGAAAUUAUCAAAGACAUUAUUAAAAAUAAAAUAGAUAUAAAGGGUGGUUAUCAGAAGCCCAAGAUAUAUGAUAUCCUUCUAUUUCAGAUCCUUCUUGCUCCUUUUUAUUUGUGCAAAUAUGUGGUUUGGUACUGUUGGUGGAUUUAUUGUUUCACUAUUAAAGGGCAAGAGUAUGGUGUGGAAGAGAAGCUGUAUAUCAUACGAAGGUACAUGAAAAUGUCUCAGUCUCAGUUUGACAGCUUAGAAGAUCAUCAAAAAGAGACCUUUCUUGAACGGCAGCUGUGGAUACGAGAAAACUACGAGGUCUAUAAACGAGAACAAGAGGAGGAGUUAAAGAAGAAGAUGGCCAUGGAUCCCCGAUGGAAGCGAUAUCGGCGGUGGAUGAAAAAUGAAGGACCUGGAAGACUGACUUUUAUUGAUGAUUAAAUGUGUGCUAAUGUUGAAAGUGAUUUGCAAAACUUUUCAUUACGUCGUUCAGAGUUUUGUCUGCUGUGACUUAGCAGUGAUCUAAAACUCAGGAAUUUUAAAUCAGGCUGAAGCAUAAUACAGGUUUACCGUUUUUAUAAAUCAGACCUAUUAAACAGGCUCAGCUAAAUGUAUAUAUGCCAUUUACUUGGGGAUCUCAGUAUGGAAUUCAUUAUUCCAAACAAUGUAUUUUUGCUAGAUAUUUCACAUUCAUCAUCAAUGGAACCAUAACUCUAGUUUUUCCGAAAAUGUUCCUAGUUCAAACCUUGAAAGUCCUGUUUUUCCUCUUUAAAUUGAAGGGUUCCUGCAAAUGGACUCUGGAAAUUCAUAAAAAGGAUUUCGAAGCAAGGACCAUUUUCUGUUUUCCUCUCUUUUCUUCUACUUUUCAAUCUAAUUUCUAAGAUGCCAAAUUGUUUUUUUUUUUUUAUGUAAACAAUAUGGGGAUUAUACCAGACUACUGCUAUUCCUGGUCCAGUUGGAAAUGGUUUUUAUUUUUUGUGGGAAUAAAUGAUGCAUGAUUGAUCAUCAUCGUGAUGCAAACAGGCCUUAAUUCUUUGUUCUACAGAGUAGUUAAUGAAAUAGUAUGUUUAGAUAUUUUGUGUUCGUUUUUUCAUCUUGUACAUUGAAUUAUACCUGCUUGUUCAGAACAAGUAUACCAGUGAAUAUUAGUCUACUAAAUGUGACAUUUCUUUCACCAAAGUAUUGGUUAAAGGGAAAAAUGAGCCUUUUAUUAAAAAGGGCAAUUUUGAUGCCUUAAGUAAAUAAAAAUUUAUAUAUGCACACUGAAUUUGUUUUAAAUUCUAAAUCUAAAGUAUCCAAUGUGUUUAUCUCUUCUGAUCAGACCUCGGAGUACUUAGAAUAAAUGAUGCAUAACAGCA